AUGAAAUUCAAACGUCGACUUUAUACAAAAUGUGUGGAACCUUGUCUCCUCUACGGCUGUGAAACUUGGGCUACAAGAAGCAAAGAUCUCAAGGCGCUACAGAUAGCUCAACGGCAAAUAAUGAGAAGAAUGCUCGGUGUAACUCUUCUUAUGCAUCGUACGAACUUGUGGCUGGAAAAUACUGCAAAACUCCCAGAUAUCAGGGCUAGAGCGAUUGAAAGAAAGUGGACAUGGGCCAGAAAAAUGUGUACUGCAAAGGACAACCGAUGGACGAAGAUGAUUACCGAAUGGAGACCAUGGAUUUGGAAACGACAAGUUGGCCGACCAAAAACAAGAUGGAGAGAUUCGUUCGUAUCGGACUUUGGAGAAACAUGGAUGCGAACCGCUACUACUGAUGUGAGCAGAUGGAGACAAAGCAUGCAACGACACAUUGUAACAUUGUGA